UGGUCUGUGACUGACUGCACAGAUACUGAGUUAGAGCAGCGCUGUCAAACUAACAAAGUUAGCCAGGACUAACGUUAGUGUUAAGAUGUUAGCAUUAGUACAUGACAGCUGACUUCAAAAAUAUCCCAGAAAGCAAAAUGUCCGUUUGGUUGAGUGGCAGCUGCGCUUUAGAAAGUUAGACAAAACUUAGCUAACUUUAGAUUGACAGAUAGCUUGUCAGUUUAGCUUAGCCAUGACAGGGAAGUGCUUAUUCCUCUCUCAUGUCAGCCACUGGGCUUUAACUGUGGAACAGCACAGGUGAAUGCUUCAGAUUUAAAGAGCACUGCACUGUAAUGGUUAGUUUGUAAGAUUAGUUCAUUUGGGCAAAAAGCUAACCUCUAACCCAAGGCAGAUUAAGGUUAGCCUGCUAGCAGCGAGUAAAACCACUGACUAACCACGAAUCUGUGUCUGUGGGAAUUAUGAGCACCAGUAAUAUUUAUGCAAGUCGCAAACGGAGGAAACCUGUCCAGAAAAGUGUGAAUCAGUCUCCACCUGAAUGUGUCAAAUCGAAUCCAUCCAAAAGGCAUCGGGACCGGCUAAAUGGGGAGUUGGACAGGUUGGCCAGCCAGCUUCCUUUCCCGCAGGAGGUUAUAUCAAAACUGGACAAACUCACCAUACUGAGGCUAAGUGUGAGCUACCUGCGGACCAAAAGUCACUUCAAUGUGACCCUGAACUCAAAGAACUCCAACCAGCCAGCAAAUACAAAACCACACAUUCAGGAGCUGCCAGAGGGAGAAUUGUUGCUACAGGCUAUAAAUGGCUUUGUGUUGGUGGUCGCCUCUAGUGGGACAAUUUUCUAUGCUUCCUCCACUAUUGAGGACUACUUGGGUUUCCAGCAGUCUGAUCUCAUCCAUCAGAGUGUUUCUGAGCUUAUUCACACUGAAGACCGGGCUGAGUUUCAGAGGCAGCUCCACUGGGCGCUCAACCCCAGCUGCACCCUAGACACUGGACAGCUAGUGCAAGCUUCUCAUGAUGCACCACUGCCACAGACGUAUUACAGUCCAGAACAGUUGCCACCGGAGAACUCCACCUUUCUGGAACGAAAUUUUGUUUGCAGGUUAAGAUGUCUUUUGGACAACUCUUCUGGCUUUCUUGCCAUGAAGUUUCAAGGGUGUUUGAAGUUCCUGUAUGGGCAGAAUGAGAGGACAGCAGAUGGGAAACCCAUCCCUCCUCAGCUGGCCCUGUUUGCCCUGGUCUGCCCUCUGCAGCCACCCUCCAUACUGGAAAUCCGCACCAAUAGUGGCUUUUUCAAAACUAAGCAUAAGCUGGAUUUCACGCCCACCGCAUGUGAUGCAAAAGGGAAGAUUGUUCUUGGCUACACAGAGGAAGAGCUGUGUUACCGUGGCUCAGGCUAUCAGUUCAUCCAUGCAGCUGACAUGCUGUACUGCGCUGAGAACCACAUACGGAUGAUGAGGACGGGUGAAAGUGGGUUGACUGUGUUCAGACUGUUGACUAAACAGAACCUCUGGGUUUGGGUACAGUCCAAUGCCAGACUUGUCUACAAAAAUGGACAACCAGAUUGCAUCAUCGCCUCUCAGAGAGUCAUCACGAACGAGGAGGGUGAGGAGAACUUGAGAAAGCGUGCUACGAUGCUUCCCUUCAGCUUUGCUACAGGAGAAGCUGUUCUCUAUGACAUGAACCUGCCCAGAUCUCUGGGUAACACAAUACCUUCUGAUACCACUGCUCUGGAUGACGGUACCCAACCCAGAACCACUGGAACUGUAGAUCCUGACUCCCUGCUGGGCUCCAUGCUGAAGCAGGAUGAGUCAAUAUAUGUGUGUCCUGCAGAUGAGCACUCACUGUCAGUACAGGGCUUAGGGAAUGAGGAUCUCAGUGAGAUCUUCUCUAGUAACUGGCAAGAAGGUGUUCUUUCACUCUCUGAAAGCUCUCUUUUCAAACAACAGCCAGUUUCAGACAGCUGUGAGAUAUUGAACUUCAUGCGCAGUUUAGAGAUCAGCCCUGAAGAUCUGAAGUUCCUUCAAGAUGAACUCUUCCUUAGGAUUGACCUUAAUGGAAGGAAUGACAUGGCAGACCUCACAGAGGGCAUCUUCUCCUAUGUACAACACUCUCUCAGGACGAAGACAGACUAUAUAGUGUCGGAUGACAACGUGAAGGAGAAGGAUCUCAUCGGGAAGCCUAUGCAGACCUUCACACCUCCACAGCAGACAUCUGCAUGUAUUCUACAGGAUUCAUCUGAUCCCCUCACAUUAGUACCUCAGGAACAUCAGAUGAGUUUUAUAGCAGAACAUCCUGAACCAAAAACACAAUAUUUCACACAAACACAACCUCACGAUUUCCAAAACAAUCCUCAUAGACUCCAACACAUAAUGUUAUACCCAUGCAAUGGGACAGAAGUCACACAAUGCGAUCUUUCAAACACAGCAAUCCAAAAACAUCAGGUUCAGAUGAUGACUCAACAGCCGCAGUGUUCAUACCUUCCUCCUCUUCAUUCGCUGGAGUGUAAAACACUCAGAAAUGCACAGGUUUGUGGGAACCUCACUGAAGUUCUGGCCAGCGACACUCAGCAGGUUCCUCCUCUCUUCCAGCCAGAACUCCAGCAACCUGGAUGCUUUUACCUGGAGUCGCCCCCUCUGGAUCUGAAGCAUCCUUACAGGAACCAUCUAAGCACUUUGUCCUUCAGCUCCUCCCAGCAGCACUCUUCACCUUUUAUCACUCCAGGUGACACAGGUAUGAGCGAGUUUACUGCUCAGGACGUUGAGGAGCUGCUUAAUGACCUGGAUGGUGAUGUGGAGAGGAACAGGCACUCAGGACCAAACAGAGACAUGGGUGUCAGACCAAGUUUUGAUCAACAAGAUUACAUAGGCCAGUUUCAGAAUGGAGGCCACGCAAACUACGCAAUGGAUAGUAACACGACACAUCUGGCGCAGCAUCCUGACCAGUGUCUGAACAACAACAGACCUCAUCCAGACCUGUCUUUAGGAGGAUACUUGUGACCAGUCAGGUGACAAUAAUGAAGGAACAGAGCAAAAAAAAUUGCUGGAACUCAGAUUAUGCCUAUUAGGGGUCACAAUUCUGAUGUGAUGAUCAUUGGCUAUGGCCAUAUGAACCCAAAAUGCCUUGGCCAGAAAAAAAGCACCGGCGUAAUACAGGAUGAGGAGGAGGAUGCAGAAAUUGGGGUGAAGGAAAGACUGAAAAUGGACAAAGUAAGGCACAAACGUCCUGUGGCUCGGCAUGACAUCUAAGAUGAAUGAAGAACCAGUUUGUAUCAGUUAGAUAUUAGAAUCAUUCAUCAGUGGCUUCUCUCUUAAAUGAACAGUGCUGUCACAGUACUUUGAUAAAUGUCUCUCAUGAGAUGUCGCAAAUCUAUUGGCCUGUCAAAAGCAUGUCCCAAAGCAAUAUAUACAGUAUACGCUAACUGUAAACAGCCUUCAGCAAAUGCCAAACAAGCCAUUUUUUGAAAUAUGCAAUAACGUUUAUAAAAUAGGACAACAUGUACUUUGCAGCUCUUCAUAUGCUAGCUAGUUUACUUUUUAAAAUGAAGUCAAAAGCCAAAUGUUGUAUAGUGUGUGAUUUACUGGGGUGAUCUACUCAACGCUGGGACUUCCUGUCAGCAGUAUUUUCAGUUAAACUGAAGAUUUUUUAACAUUUUUGUGGGUGUUUUUCUUACCUUCACUUUUUUGAAUAAUUGAAAUCAUUAAAUGGUUUUCGUAGUAUUUUUAGUAUAGGAUUCUGUUAUGGGUGAUCGGGAACCUGUGUGAUUCAUUUGUAUAGUAAUUUAUCAUUUUUUUUUUAUCUUUUAUUCUUUGAGGGAAGCUAUUGAAGACAAUCAGACAUAUGUAGCAUUUAUGAACAGAUGAAUUCAGCUGUUCACAGGAGACAGACUUUGACCAAACUAUAAAUCAAACAAUGUUUGUACAACAUUAUGGACAAAAAAAGAAGAAGACCAAGGCUUGGAAGUUUAUUAAAGGAGAAGUCCGCUUCCAAAACAAAGAUUCACAUAUAAUGUACUCACCCCAUUGUCAUCUAAGAUGUUCAUGUCUUUCUUUCUUCAGUUGUAAAGAAAUUAUGUUUUUUGAGGAAAACAUUUCAGCAUUUUUCUUCACAUAAUUGACUGAUAUGGUGACUGACUUCCAUAAUGCUGUUCAAAUGCGGCUUCAAACGAUCCCAAAUGUACUUGUAAAUGAUCCCAGCUGAGGAACCAGGGUCUUAUCUAGCAAAACAAUCAGUUAUUUUCAUUUAAAAAAAAUAAAAUUUAAAUACUUUUUAUUCUCAAACACUCAUCUUGCCUUGCUCUCAUUAAACUCUGUGUAUUCUGGCUGAAGACAGUUAGGGUAUAUCACAAAACUCUUAUCGUAUUUUCUCCCUCAACUUCAAAAAUAAUUUCAAAAUCAUCCUACAUCGCUGCAGAAGUACCGACCCAGUCUUUUCAAAGUGAACAUGCAAAGAAGAUCAAACACCCUUAACAAAAAAGGUAAAACAGCGAUAUAGGGCGAUUUUGAAGCUGAGGGAGAACAUGAGAUGGGAGUUUUUCGACAUACCCUAACUGUCAUGAACCGGAAAAAAAAAAAAACAGUUUA